ACUUUUUCCCUCAUCGUGUUAAACUCUCAAAAGAACACUCUUUCUCCAUAGCUGCCGUUCCGAUCGUCGCCACCUCUCUUCCUCUCUCUCUCUCUCUCAGUGUUUCCGAUUCAGGUUCGUUCAUAAUUCGGUGUUUCCGAUUCAGGUUCGUUCACAAUUCGAUGUUUCCGAUUCAGGUUCUUUUUCACCGCAUCACGUUUCGAUUCACGUUUCCUUCAAGCUUCAGAUUCACGAUUCACGAUUCACAUUUUCACCACAGCUCUGAUUUCACCUUCAAGCCGCAGAUUCAUUCUUCCUCAUCAACCUUCAAGCUUCAGAUUCAUUCUCUAAUUUCACCUUCGUUCACCCUUCUCCUCAAAUUCGUUCAACCUUCAGCUUCAAUCUUCAUAAUUCAGGUUCAUUUGAUUAAAUUUGGUAAUUAGGUUCACUUAGUUUAAUAUGAUUUUGAAAUCUGGUAAUUAGGUUUUUGAAAUUUCAAUGUUGUUCAAAUAGGUUUUUGAAACCCUAUUUUAGUUCUAUUAUAGUGAUAUCUUGCCUAUUAGAAUGCUUCACUUCUUGCCUAUUGAGUUUAUAAUGUUCACAGUAGCAGACUUAAUGACAACUUUACACUGUGGAGACCAAGUUUUAUAGCAAAGCCUCCAAAUAUCUUCCAUACUCUGAAACUGAAUAGUGAGAUUAAGAAUUGUGGCUAACCAACACCAUAAGAUGAAAGUAAACCGACAAGAGAAAAAUAAAUGAAAUGUAGACUCAGUAGUAGUGCAACAUAAAGAACAGAUUGAUGGAUGGUUGCAUCCUAUUUACAUUAGCCUGUCAUCAGUUGGAAUUUUGUCUAACAUUAAUCUACAAACUAGCAGAGACUGUGAGGGAGGAAUAUCAUUGCACCAAAUAAGUUUAGCCCAAGAUUUCAGUAAAGUUUUUGGCCUUUUGAACUCAUAAGCAUCUUUCAAAGACAACACACCACAAGCAUCGUGCUUCUAAAUCAAUUUAUCAGGCACACAUUGAUUAGAAAGAGUGACUUGCUGCACUAUAGAUUUUAAGGUAGGAAACAUAAUAUCAAUGGAAUUUUCCAAGAUUGAUUCAACAUAAUGUCACUAACAUAAUAUCAAAGUGUUUUUCAAAGGUUCUUCGCACCAAGAGUCCUCCCAAAGGUUAAUUAAUGUCUUGUCCAUUACCAACCAGCCAAUUAGUGUUUUCCAUGAGACAAGAAAAAUCAGAUUUAAGACUACUCAAAAGGGAUGAUGAGAUAUGAUGACCAAUGACCUUUCCAUUUCUUAAGGCACAAUUUCUAAGGAUUUGAGCCUAGCAUUCCUCAGAGUGUAGGAAAUCCCAGCAUAACUUUAAUUUUGUUGCCUCAUUAAGACUAAUCAAAGAUCUCAAACCUAAACCACCCUCAGAGUAAGGCACACAAACAUUUUUCCAAGCGACAGUCACAAGUUUCCUUUUGUUAAUGUCUCCACUCCAUUUGAAAUUCCUUGACCAUGUUUCAAUAGUUUUGAGGAGAGAAACUGGCCAUGUGUACACUGAUAUACUAUACACCAUCAUGGUUUUAAUAACUGAUUUAACAAGUUGUGCUCUACCAGCCAUGGACAGAAGUGAAGCCUUCCAUGCUGACAGCUUAGCUUUAAUUUUGUCUGCUAUAGGAUAGAGAUAUCUGGCCUGAGGCUUACCUUUAAAAAUUGGGACACCAAGGUAAUUAAAGGGAAGAGAACCAACCUUGAAACCAAUAAGAUCAACAAUGUUGUUGAGUCUUAACUGAGAAAUUCCACCAGCAAAAAUUGUUGAUUUAGAAGCAUUAAUGACCUGCCCUGAACAACUAGCAUAAGAAGUGAAAAGAGCUUGAAGAGCCUGCAACUGCAAGCUAGAAAAUUUGCCUUUGCAAAACACCAUAAUAUCAUCAGCAUAAAGGCAAUGAGAUGGAACUGUCGAAUUUCUUGAACCUUUGAUUAACUCAAUCUUGCCCUCUUGCACCAAAUUAGAAAUACCUCUACUUAAAACUUCUUCUGCCAGACAAAAAAGAAUAGGGGAUAGAGGGUCCCCUUGUCUGACCCCUUGUUAGACAUUUGGAGUAACAUUUUUUAGCUCCACUGAUUGAGAUAGACAUAUGAGCAGAAGAGAGAAUAGACUCAAUCCAAUUGCAGAAAACUGUGUUGAAUCCAAAUUGUUUUAGAACUUUGAGAAGAAAAGACCAAUUAAGAGUAUCAAAAGCCUUAGAUAUGUCGAUCUUCAUAGCUAAGUUCCCACCAAAAGUUUUCUUGUGCAGAAGAUUAGUGGCCUCAGAUGCUAUACAAAUACAAUCUUUAAUAUUUCUACCUUGAAUGAAGCCUAUCUGCUCUUUAGAAAUAAUAUUAGGCAAGAUUUGGGCUAAUCUAUCUGCUAAUAUUUUAGACAUAAUUUUGAUCUUAAAAUUUGUUAAUGCAAUUGGUCGGUACUUGUCAAUGGAAUCAGCAUUAUCAGUUUUGGGAAUUAAAAUAAUGGUGUUUGAGGUAUAGUUAGGUAAAAUCCAUCCUGAAGAAAAAAAAUUGGAGAACAACAUUGAUCAGAAAUCAACUUUAAUAAAAUAAUAAUAUAUUUUAAUUUAGUCAAAAAGUAUUUGUGGUAUUUAAUUCUCUAAAUUAGUAAGAAAAAGAAAAACUUUAAACAAUUGCUAAAUCUCAAAAUAAUAAAAAAAUUAAUUUUAUUAGCCAAAAAAGAAAAGCAAUUUUAAUUUUGGUCAAUUUUGUUAAUUUACCUUUUCUGUAAAAAAAACAUUGUUAAUUUUCAACAUUGUUAAUUUUAUUAAUUUUCAAAUUAUUUGUUCUAGUUUUUACACUUUGGUUCUCAGUUUCACCUCUCUCAAGUGCUCUCUCUCUGGUUUCCAUUGUUCUCAUUCGCUUGCAUUCAACAUACAGAAACCGUGAAGGCACCAAUCCUUAACCACAUCUCACGGUAUCAACAUACAACAAAGAAGGGGAGAUCACAAUGGGACUAAAUUGGGUUGAACUUCCAAUUGACAUUACAAAAAACAUCCUUCAGAGGUUCGAUAUCAUUAACAUUGUAACAAGUGUAUAUAUGUUUAGUGUGCCCUCUAUGGUGGAACAUCUGUAAGGAUCCUUCCAUGUGGCACACCAUUCAUAUGAGUAACAAUGAAACUUCUCGUUACUCUGAUGAGAAUUUGGUUAAGAUUUGUUGUUAUGCUGUUGAACGAAGUUGCGGUCAAUUGGAAGACAUUCAGAUUGUUUCUUUUUGCAUUGACGAUCUCCUUCAAUACAUAGCUAGGUGUGGAAGACAGCUACGAAGCAUACAGCUUACAAAGUGCCACCGGUUUAGUGAAGUUGCAAACCAAUUUCCCAUGUUAGAGGAGCUGGACAUUUCAUUAAGCAAUCUAUGUAAGGAUUCUAUUGAAGUCAUCGGUCGAAGUUGUCCCCAUUUGAAAUCACUGAAGUUUAGCCAAAUGUUCUGCAAUUUCUUCGAAUUUAAUGAUGAUGCGUUUGCUAUUGCAAAAACCAUGCCUAUGCUACGCCAUCUUUCAAUGUCUGGGAACUCACUCAGUAAUAUUGGGUUGGAUGCCAUUCUUGAUGGAUGCCCCCUUCUUGAAUCUCUUGACCUGCGAAGAUGUUUUCAUCUCAAUUUGAUUGGUAGUUUGGAGAAAAGGUGUCGUGACCAGAUCAAAGACUUGGUACUUCCAACUGACAUAUAUGAAAAUUCUGAUGACAUAGAUGAAAAUUCUGAUGACGAAGAUAAACAUUUUUUUUAUUUGGGCAGUCUAAUGGAUCAGGUAGAUUUUGAUUUUUUUAUGAAUGAUUUUCAUGAUUUACUCUAUUUUAAUGAUGUUGCUUUUGAUUGACAUAGGAAAGUGAUAUUUUAAUUUUGCUUAGUGCACUUAUAAACUUUCCAAGAACCGUGUACACAUGCAU